AUGGAUAUGAAUCCCAUCAACGGUAGGCCGUACAGUGAGAAGUAUUGGCAGAUCCUAGAGAAGCGUCGCCAGCUUCCAAUUUUUGAGCACAAGGAGACGUUCAUGAAAAUGCUCAACGAUAACCAAUGUGUACUUGUUGUCGGAGAUCGUGGUACCGGGAAGUCCACACAGAUACCGCAGUGGUGCGUCGAUUACAUCCGCCAGAAGCCGGCCACAGGCCAACGAAGACUCGUAGCGUGUACUCAGCCGAGAAGGAUGGCCGCUAUGACCAUCGCGGCACGUGUUGCAGAUGAAAUGGAUGUCCAGUUGGGUCAGGAAGUCGGCUAUUCCAUUCGUUUCGAAGACUGCAUCAGUGACAAAACUGUACUGAAAUAUUGUACCGAUGGAGCUUUAUUACGUGAGGCAGUGAGGUGCCCAUCUUUGGAUGAGUAUGGUAUUGUGAUUCUUGACGAGGUUGACGAAAGAACGUUAUGCACGGAUGCACUCAUGGGAUUACUAAAGGAUUGA